AUGUCCGGGGCGGAGGUGAUCGCCGUCGUCGCCUGCGUGGCAGCAGUCGUCUCCGCCUACCACGAUGGCCACCAGCUCUUAAAUGCUAUCAAAAAGAAAUGGAAGGAGCAUCGUCAAUCCAAAGCCCUCGCCAACGCGGCAACCACCAACGAUCUCGAGUGGUCGCUGCGGCGUGGCCGAGAAGACAUUGUGACGCAGUGGAAUUCUCAUGCCGGCCAACUAGGCCGCCGCUUCGAAGAUGGCGACCCGCUGGCCCGAGAGCAGAUGAAGGAUAUUGUGAUCGAGCUCCAGCGCGCACUCCUCACCAACUUGCGGGAAAAUAAUGCUCACCUCGAUCUCCUUGCCUUGCUCCAAGCUUCUGAUCGCGGUCGGAAGGAUACCAUCCUAGUCUUUCACAACUUGUACCAGCGGCUCGCCCAGGCUGCCUCCAUUCCGGCGGCCAUUGAUUUCGGCCCCAUUCCGUUUGAUCCAACCUCAAGGCUAUGGUACUGGAUGAAUCUGAUUGAGAAUCAGUACUUGGCUCAAGUCCCAUCCUCUCGGUACAUCCAGAGUUUACCAUCUUCUCCUGGGGGGAGGGUCUUGCCGGCAGCAUCGUCGGGGUCACCGGCUGAUAUGAUUAGUUUCCUUCGCCAGAUGGAGGAGCAAGCGUCUCCAUCGCAAUCCAGGCGGUCUUCCAAGACUUCCCUCGGCAGUCUCUUUUCGAGUCGACGGCGGUCCUCGGUCGAGGCUUAUAGCCAGCGGGUCGAUUCUGGUUCUCGCUUGGGAAGUUUCGGGUCUGGCUCGGGUCUUUCACCGAUGCCCGAAAUGCCUGAUCACUAUACGAUUGUUGAUCGGCCGAGGGAAGGCUCUCCUGGCUCGCUCGGUGCAUAUGCAGCUGACAUGCAGGAAUACCUCGAGCAAGAUCGAACCACCGCUGCUCGGUUGCAACAGACCCUCCAGCAGGAACAGGGGCGGAACGAGACCCAAGCGUAUACCCCGGAAGAUCGCUCUCCUCCCACUCAUCAGCACGAGAGUGCACCCUCAAAUUCGAUCCAACACAAGAUGGACUAUGAUGACCUCACUCGUGAAAUGACUGCGAAUCCGUGGAGUGUGGAUGCAGGGCCGGAACCGGUAGACACGCACUGGAAUCGGACUUCGAGCCCUGAGUCCAUCACAGAACCUGCUGUCCUUGAGCCAGCACAUCGAACAAAUAUAAUUGAUACCAGACACCUGUUGGGUAUGGAUGCACCCUGGGCAGACCAGUCGAGUCCUCUGCCCAUCCCUGAACGACGUAGACCAGCGAUGACGGAUACCGGUCUUGCAUCCAGUGGCUUCACUCCCCAGCUUCAAACCGAAGAGACCAUCCGACAAGACCACUACACAAACCUCCGCUACCACCAUCCAACCCCUCCCCAACCUCGUCCAACCCCACAACCUAAUCUUCCACGACGAACCAACUCCCGCGAUGCCCCAAUCCCAACACAUCACCCCCCGAUCCGCACCCCCAUCUCCCACACCCGACACACACCCUCCAUCGCCUCCACCAACUCCACCACCUCAUCAACAUCCUCCAACCCCUCCACCUCAACCCGCCCCUUCUGGCCCCCGAGCAACGCCAACGACUACGCUGGCUUCUGCAAAGGCGCCUGGAAACUCCACUCCGGCCUCGGCGGCUUCAAAGUCCACUCCGAACCCAAAGGCUACUACACCAUGGAAUCCAAGUGGCGCUGCGCAACCUGUUUCUUUGAAAUGCCCCUCGCCCCAGACUCGGACCGCCACGACCCCAAGCAUAACACGAAACUAUUCGUCCACGCCCCCACGGGCAUCCAGUUCCGCUGGGCGUUUCUCGCAAAGAGUCAUGUGAGAUGUAAACGCCGGCCUGGCGGGGCGCCGAAGUUGGCGAGUGGUCCGUUUGGGUGUAUUUUUUGUUGUCGGGAGCGCAGGGUGUCGGCGCCGGUUUUUCAGGGGUUGGAUGAGUUUAUGGGGCAUAUUGGGGGGAUGCAUCGGGAUUGUGUGGAGGGGAUGUUGUUGGAGAGGGCUUGUUGUGUUGUUGGGAGGGUUGCCGGGGCGGAGGAGGUUUUUGAUGUUAAUAUUCCGCCGGAGAGCUCACAGCUGGCUGGUGAUGAGGUUGGCGUUGGCGUUGGCGUUGGGGGUUAA